AUGGAGAAUAUUGAAGCUAGUUUUCCAUCAAUAAGAGAGGAAUUAGACAAAUGGGCUUGGAAGGACAUUUAUAAUAUGGAUGAAACUGGCUUAUUUUAUCAAAUGCAAGACGAUAACUCUCUUGCAACAAAGCAAUUGGAGGGCCAAAAGCAAAACAAAGAGAGGAUUACAAUUGUUAUUUGUUGCAAUGGCGAUGGCUCUAACAAACUUCCACUUUGGGUCAUCGUUUCUCCUUCAGCUUUAGCUUCCAGGAAAAGUUCCAAAUACCCGAAACCAUGCAAACAAUUUGUGCUUUAUUAUCAUGACAUCCUCUUUGGUAGAACUCGCAACAUUCUUUCUAAUUCAACAUCUUACAGAAUUACAAAUGCGACAAACUACCAGUUUCGCUCCCUCAUUAUUUUUGAUGAUCCCAUUACCAAAGAUGAAAACCUCCUCUCUCCUCCUGUCGCUGCAGCUCAAGGGCUGUCUGUUUACGAUAUGAGAACUGACUACAGUACACUCUUUGCAUUUUCUUUGAUUUUCAACUCGACUGAACAUAAAGGCACUAUCAAUAUCAUGGGGUCAGACCCUUUAGGGGCGCCUACUCGGGAUCUCUCUGUGGUUGGAGGAACUGGAGACUUUUUCAUGGCUAGAGGUAUUGUAACUUUCACAACUGAAGCUGUCGAAAGCAUUGAGUAUUUCCGCAUCAAGAUGGAUAUUAAGUUGUAUGAAUGUUAUUGA